AUGGCCACUGGCUCAAAUCUACAACAAAAUAUGAUAUGCAACAACAACAACGACAACAACAACAACAGAGGCAACAACAAUUGGAGAUUACGCCGCCUUAAACAUUUUAUGGACUUAUUGCCCGUUGGCGGCAGUGUCAGCUCAAAAUCUCUCGCAACAUCACAGCAGCAGCAGCAACAACAGCAGCGCCAGCACGAAUACCAACAUCAACAACAACAACAACAACAACAACAACAUCCAAUAUUACCGUGCCAUUCAAAAGACCUGCUGGCCAUGGCGAAUGCCCAGCUGAAUCCCGAUGCUGUCGCCGAGCGGGAGACCCUCAAUAGGUCGGCCAGCUAUCACAGCGAGGAGUUGCUGCUGCACGACCUGUUGGCCGAGACGGAGCCGACAAAUGGACACAGGAUACACAAGGAUGACUUUGGGACGCAGCGUGUGUACAAGAAGACGUCGCCGAACUGCGUGAUCACGCUCUACUUGCCGACGCGCGAGAUAAUACUCAGCGGCAACAAUCCAUCGGUGCUGCGCGGUAUCGUCUAUGUGGACCCGAAGGCCAUUCAAGGAUAUCGCGUUUAUGCGCAGCUAACUCUGACAUUUCGCUAUGGGCGCGAGGACGAGGAGGUGAUGGGGCUGCGUUUCUGCAACGAGGCCAUUAUGUCGCUGCAUCAGAUUUGGCCACGCCUCGAGGAGCCCUCGCCCGAAACGCUCAGUCCACUUCAGGAGGCCCUACUGAAGCGACUGGGCGAUGGGGCUCAUCCGUUCACCUUAUCGCUGACUGCCCAGGCACCGCCCAGUGUCCAGCUAGUGCCAGCCAAACGCUACUACGGAGCCCCCAUUGGCACCAGCUACGACGUACGCUGCUUCAUUGCGGACAAGACGGACGAAAAGUUCCAUCGGCGGGCCUCCGUCAAGAUGGGCGUGCGGGUCAUCUAUCGCACCGACGUCUUUCACCAGCAUACCGCUCCGGAGAACUUCGCUGCCUUUGCCGGCCAGAACUCCAAUGCAUCGACCCAAUCGCCGCCCGCCAGCGCCACGCCCCCAUUGAGUAACAGCGAUGGGCACGAGCCAACACCCAGCACCAGCAGUGCAGGCGGAGGAGGAGGAGGAGGAGCCGCUGGAGGAGGAGGUACCGGUACCGGCACCGGUACUGGUGCGGGUGCUGCUGCGGGUGCGGGUGCGGGUGCUGGUGCCAAGGGCGCCAAGUCCAAGUCGGAGCGCGGUGAUUCAUUUCCCAAGCUGCGCCUCUCGCCCAAGGCGUUCAGGUUCAGCGGACGCUUCGGCCGCAGCAAAAGCGAAAUCGAACGGUGCCCCAACGACCCAUUCCAUUGCUACAGCAAGUCCUUCCAGGAGCACUGCGACAACACUGGCUCCGAAAUGCUGCCACCCCAUAGCAAUGCCGGAGUCACCGGCGGCAUUGGCGGCAUCAGCGUUGGACCGUGCGGCGGACCCCAGGGCGCCGUCGAUAAACCGUUUCUGCUGCACGAUGGCCGCGUGGGCUUGAGGGCCAGCCUGGACAAGGGCUGGUAUACGCACGGCGAGGACGUCAAUGUCACGGUCAACAUACGCAACGAUAGCCGCAAGACGGUGCGCAAAGUGAGGGUCUGCGCCAUUCAGCAUGUGGACGUCUGCAUGUUCAACAACGGCAAGUUCAAGAACGUCGUUGCCGACUCGGAGAACAUAUCGCCCGCCGUGGACCGCACCGUACCGCCGGGCGGCACACUGAACACCACCGUGGCCCUGCGGCCACAGCGCGGCCCCACCAAGAACUGGAUCGCACUGGAGGACACGCUGCAGCGCAGCACCGAGCCGGAUGAGAUAACUGGCGCCAUUGCCGCAUCGGCCAUACGCUCGCCCAACUUCGUGAUGCAGGCCGCCCAGCUGCUGACCGGCCAUCCGCUGGCCAGCCCGGCCAUGGCCAUGCCCCAGCCGCCGAACUCGGCGGGCACAGCCACUGCCGGCGGCGCUGGGAGUGGCUUGGGCGACGAUCGCAAUGUGUUUGCCAUCUACGUGUCGUACUACGUGAAGGUGAAGCUCACACUGAGCGGCAUGGGCGGCGAGCUGUCGCUGAAGCUGCCCUUUGUGCUCGUCCAUGUGGACGAGUCGCUGCGGCCGGGCCACACCUCGGCCACGGUGGCCGAGCUGCGCAUGGAGCGGCUCACGCUGCAGGAUGUGCCAGCCGGGCGCAAGAGCGCCAAGCGUUCGUCCACCACGAAUAAAUCCUCGAACACCUCGCCCUCACUGGUCGAUGGUCCAUCCACGAGUGCUGCGGCCGCCGCCGCUGCGGCCGCCAGUGCCGGCGUCGACGACAUCACCCAGCUGGAUGUCAUCGAGGCGGCGGACGAGGAGUUCAACAUAUGUGUGCCCGUGCCAACUGGGCCGCCGAAGCCCAGCUCCAGCAGCCAGAAGCGGCGGCUGCAGCGCAGCGAGACACUGGCCCGAGACAUCGACGAGACCGAGGAGGAGCAGGAGGUCGAGCAGCAGCAGGUCGAGCAGCAUGUCGUCCAGGUCCAUUUGGAGCAACUGCGCGAGGAGGAGCGUCCGCAGCCGGCCACCGAGACGGGCGCCGUGCCAAAAACCACAAAUGUUUGAUUCUGAUUGUGGUCUCAGAUGUUUGCCAAACGAAAGAAGCCGUAGGCGGAGACUGAGGAGGAGACUGAGCAGGAGGAGAGGCAAACGUGGGCCGGACAGAGGCGAGAACAGGUCAAUCGAAAUUGGAAGAGCGAACGGAGCGAAGAAAAAGACGACGAAGAGAAGAAUAGAAGAAGGUGUUAAUGAAGAUGAUGAAGAAGAAGAAGAAGAAGGAGGAGGUAAAAGUGUAUAUUUGAUGCAAAAGCGUAAGCGAUUCAGUUUCGGUUUCAAAUGAAAAACGAUUUCACGAUUAGCAUAGAAGGUCCCUGGGCAGUGGGACGAUGGGCGUGGAUGG